CUCCUCUGGACGCGUUGAUCUCACACAGCGCCAAGCGGCAGAACGGAGUGCGUGAGUGAGUGGAUCUGUGAAUCGCUCCGGAGCGCGCUCAGACCAGACCAGACAGAGCACAGGCAGAGAGCCCAGCAGACCGUAGGGGCUGAACCGAGGGACGCGCACGUUUGCAGCCGAUCGGAGCGCACCGACCGGGGACUUAAAGCGCGGAGGCUUCUCCACCGAGCGCAUGAGCGGCCGCGCGGUGAAGGAUGCUGUCAAGCCGCUCCGUGGUUGUGGAGCACCGGGGACUGCACACCGCAUCGCUCCUGGUUCACUGACGCUGUUGUUGGAGACUCGUGUUUAUGGACUUCCACAUAUAACCCCUUGGACUUUUGGUUUUCAAGCCUGCUGAGACAGUUUAUUUUUCUUUCCCCCCUUUUAUUAUUAUUAUUAUUAUUUUUUAUUAAAGGACACCGGUGCGCAGAAAUUUGUCAGAGACGAGCACACCGCUCCACGCUGACUUUUCUUUCUGUUGUUAUUUCCAGUAUGGGACCUUACACAAAAAAAUCAGUCUGGGACCUUUUAUACCGGGCUGGAAUAAGGAAGUAAACGAGGAAAAACUGUCAUAUUUUUGUUGAUCUCCUCGAAUCUUGUGCGCUCUUUUUAUUUUUCCCCGAGCGUUUUUUUUUCAUCCAAAGAAAAUUGCGCACAAAGAACAAUAACUUGUAAAAGUCGCCGCUUUUGUGCAAGUUUUAUUUUAUUUUAUUUUUUCUAUCAAGAAAAACUAAAAGGAAAAGCAGACAUUUUCAUCUAUUAAUGCGGGAACAGACAAGCAGUUUCCGUGCGUAUUUGGCACCGUCUGUCCCCGCUCCACUCCGCGUCCUUGGAGAAGUAAAAAAAAAAAACAAUCUCCCUUUUGAUUCCCAGAAAUGAGAACUUAUUUGGUGAGUUUUAUCGUUUAAAGUCUACUAAACAUAUUAAUCAUUAGUUUCAUCAACAUUGUGUAUCAUUUUUUUUUUCCCUUUUUGCUUUUGGGGACAGACGGAAAAAUACAGAGUGUGCCGAUGUCUGGCAAACUGGCCGUCAUGUGGGAUUGAUUGCUGGGGAGUAUGUUUGGGCUGGAGCAGUUUGGUUCUCAAAUUAAUAGCAGAAACCCUGGCCAGUCAGAGAGAAACAUAAACCAACAGAGACUGAACAUGGGCUCACAUUAUAAAAGCCCAGGCUUUCAUGCCGGAGGCCCACCUGGAUCCGUGGAGUCCGGCAUGGGGCCCAUGAACGAGUCCCAAAUGCUGGGGCUCAAUAUGAACAUGAACGGUGAGCCUUACUCUGGGUUUCACCCUCGGGGACACCCAGACAUGCAUACAGGGGGUGGACUCCAGCAGCAGCAGCAAGGACCCAUGCAUGGAUUUUUUAACAACCAGCAACCUCAUCAAGGACACCCGCAUGCCCAUCAACCUCACCCCCACCAACAUCACCCUCAUUUCGGUGGGAAUUUUGGAGGCCCAGAUCCAGGGUCAUCAUGCCUACAUGGAGGCAGGCUGAUGGGCUACAACAGCAAUGGCAUGGGACCACAGCAGGGCUUUGGAGAGGGUUUUGACCCUCUUGCUGAGGGACAGGCAGGAGAAGGCUUUCCGCAGCAGCAGCCACAGCAGCAGAGGCCUGCUAACAUACCCGAAUUUCAACAUCAUGGUCCCCCCAGCGGCAACCACCCUGUCCCUGCUCCCUGUCUUCCCCUGGACCAGUCACCUAACAGAGCAGCAUCCUUCCACGGUCUUCCGUCUUCUUCAUCUACAUCAUCUGAGCCUCACACGAUGGAGCCUCGACGGAUGCCCAACCAAGGAGCUGUGGAGGGGCUAGAGUACAACUUUCCAAGCGAUCCACCAUCUGGACAUUUUGAUGUACCUGUGUUUUCCCCAUCAGAGACAGAAUCUCAGCUACCACAUUUUGGGCCAGGCCGGCCCGUUCCCAGUGGAAAUUUUCCAGGGAGCGCUGGCAUGCCUCGGACACCAGGCAUGCAGGGCAUUUCUAAGGGACACCAGCCGCCACCACAACCCCAGCAACCUCAGCAUGGAGUGUUUUUUGAGCGUUUUGGAAAUGGCCGGAAGAUGCCCGUGGGAAUGGAGCCGGGGGUCAAUGCAAGACAUCCCCUCAUGCAACCGCAACAACAGACUGGCUUAAUAGCCAGACAGAACUCGUGCCCCCCUGGUCUCCCCCGGCCCCCUCAGGCUGAGCCCGGCAACACUAACCCCAACAUUCUGGACGGAGGGGUCAUGAUGCCUGGCCAACAUAACCAGUUUGAAUAUCCCAUUCACAGACUGGAAAAUAGAGGUUUGCACCCCUAUGGGGACCCCAUGUUUAAUAUGCAACAGCCAGCUCCUCCUCCCUCCCAGCAGCCCCCAAAUCAGAGGCUGCAACACUUUGACUCUCCUUAUAUGAACAUGGCGAAAAGGCCCAGAUUUGAUUUUCCUAAUUCACAUGGUGGCGAUGGUUGGUGUGGUAGUAUGGAUAACCACCUCUCUCCCUCAGCAUAUCCUGGCCUUCCUGGGGAGUUCACCCCACCUGUCAAUGAAGGUUUUGCACCAGGUCCCCUACAACAUCCAGGGCCCGAGCCACAGUCUCUGCAGCAGCGCCAAAACGCGGCCAUGAUGAUAAAACAGAUGGCUUCUCGCAACCAGCAGCAGAGGAUGAGGCAGCCUAGUCUUCAGCAGCUAGGUCACCAUGGCGACGUACCUCCUGUCCCAAUGACUCAUGGAGGUCCAGUUGGGAACAUGCCUCAACCCAGCUUUGACAGGGAGAACAGUGGCAGAAUGCCCAACAUUGAUGGACAAAAUCCUCAUGUAACUCAGGAGAACUCCUGGUUUCAGGGGUCCCACCCACCUGGAGAGAUCAUGUCACGGCGCAUGGGUGGGGCUGGUAAUGAGUCUGGGCCUAAUGAGAUGGGGCUGCAACAGAAUGGGGCUGGGAUGAUGUUCAGGCCAGGCAUUGGUAUGCAGGAGCCAAUGAGAAUAGCAGGAGAUGGACAUGUUCAGACCCUUCAUUCUCCAGGCAUGCACUCACAGUUUAGUGGAAACAUGGGUAACCUCUCACAAAUGCAGUCGCCAGGAGCCGGAGGAGGACAUCCAAAUGCACCAGCAGAAAGGCGACCAGCUGAUUUUCCUGCACCUCCAAUGGGAGCACAGCCAACAUUUCCCUAUGGGGGGGCUAACCGCCAGGGGCCGCCUCACAGUGCUCCCCAGGGGGUGAGCACCUCACCAGGGAGCUACCCUCCACAGUCUGAGUUCCCCUCAGGCCAGCGGUCGUCUGUUAGUAAGCUGGGAGCUCUGUCCCUUGGGAACUUCAGCAAAACCAGCUCUAAAGACAGUGUUUUUGGUCAGAGCUGUUUAGCGGCCCUGUCCACGGCCUGCCAGAACAUGAUCGCUAGCCUAGGGGCCCCCAAUCUUAACGUAACAUUCAACAAGAAGAACCAAAACGAGGGCAAGAGAAAACUAAGUCAGACAGAGCAGGACAUUAAUAGCAGCACAUCUAAUGGGACUGGAAGUGCUGGUCCUGAAUAUUUUCAGAGUAGCGCUUCCCAGAACAGCCAGAUGCCUGGCACCGGGAAUAGCAACUCUAAGCCUGUAAGUCAAAGCCAGACGGUGCAGGGGGAAGCCAGUGCCCUCUCCCCAAACUACAACAUGGACGCUACCCCGUGCAGUGAGGGGAAGGCAACAACAGGGAGUGGGAGAGGGAGAGGGAGGAGAAAAAGAGACAGUGGACAUGUGAGCCCUGGAAUUUUUUUUUCCUCUGAUAACGGUAACCCUGUUGUAAGUCCAGGCCAGCAGACCCCCUCGGCUGGCGUUGGGGAGAGGGGUGAGGGCACACCUCAUGAAAAACACAUUCAGUCACCCUCUUGGGGGAAAGGAGGUGAUCUAAUGUUGGGGGACCAGGCUGACCUUAUGUCUUCUUUAGACAGUGGCAUUCAAAGUGUUGCUGCCAAGUCUGACAGCAGCUCACCAAGAGUGGACUUCCCUGACGAUGUCAGCACCCACUAUGGCAACGAGGACGAGGUGUCAUCCAGCUCAGAUGCAGGAGGGACUUCUGCCACCAAGCCCAAUCGCAGCCCUAUGAUCACAGGCUCACCCAAAAUGCAGCGGAGUGAUAACAGUUUAUUAAAUGGGCAAAAGCCCCUUGGCAUGGGCAUAAACAAUCAUACUACCUCAGCACCAGACAACUAUGGACUGAAUUCUGGUGUGAGCACAGGGGCCAGCGGGGUGAGCCACCCGGGCACUCCUGGGGUGGAACAGGUACGCACCCCGUCCAGCACCUCGGGCCAGGAAGAAAUCCACCCACUGGAGAUCCUCCAGGCCCAGAUUCAGCUGCAGCGGCAACAGUUCAGUAUCUCAGAAGACCAGCCCCUGGCCAUGAAGAACGGCAAAAAGAGCAGUGACUGUCUCUCGCAGAACGGAGACAAUGAGCUGCCAGGCUGCAGCCCGGAUGCAGGGAAGGGCUCAAUGGGCACUAUUGACCUUGACACCCUCAUGGCAGAGCAGCACGCCACCUGGUACGUGCCCAGUGACAAGACCAUGAUGGAUGGGUCAGAAGAUGACAAGGCCAUGGGACCCUGGGAAAAAAAUAAAAGCCAAAACAGCAGUAAAGAAGAAUCCGAGCUCUCCCAGAGUAAGACCGGAGCUGUGGCCCCAGGAGCCGGAGGGGGAGGAGGCGGGAGCAGCGGCGGGAACCACCUGCAGUGCCUGUCCGUCCACUGCACAGACGAGCUGGGGGACAGCAAGGGCCGAGGGGGGCCCGUCUCCUCUUGGCGCUCCAUCCACUCUGACAUCUCGAACCGAUUUGGGACGUUUGUGGCAGCUCUGACUUGAGCAACAAAACAGACUUGGACUAAGAAGGAUACAAAACCAGAAAAAAAAAACAAAAAAAAACUGAAGGACAACCUCAGAGACAAAAAAAAAGAAAAAAAAAGAAAAGAAAUGAUGACGAUGAUAUGUCAGUGAGACAGCUGUGUGCGGCUCUUGCCUGUUCAGGGAGAGAGACAUUUGUGCUCAUAAACGCAAAAACACGAACGCAAGUUACACCCACACUCACACACAGAAUCAAAUGCCAUGAUUUUUUUUUUCUUUUUUAACACAGUCAUGCAUUAAUAUUCUGCUGGACAAUAAAACGUGGGGCCGACUCGCCGAUUCCCCACAUCUGGAAAACCUCAAAUCCAUUUUUUUUCCCUUUCCCCUUUGAUUUCAUUGUUGAAGAGAAAUAAAGACAUGUUUAAGGAGGAGAAGAGAAAAGCAGAAGAACAGAGGAACAGAUGUCAGUUGUCAUUGGCUUUGAUUGUAUACCCGUGUUUAAGUAUCGGUGAUGUGACCUCGGCUUCAUUGCUUAUUGCAGUCUGCCUGCUCUUACCUCAGUUAUGGCUACACCUCUAAAGUUGACCUGAUUCUUCUGUUUGGGGACAUGUUUGACCAAUGGCGGGCUAAUUUCUCCGAUAAGGCCUGCCGGUUCACUUGGCAAAGCCAAACUCUAAUAAACGGACCCAGAGGAAGGCUAGAAGAGGGACAGUUAUGCAUGAAUGUACGUCAGCAUUUUUUUGGGGUGGGGGAGGACAGCAAACUCAGAUUUUUUUGUCUUUGUCAAAGCAUUUUUGAACCGUUAUCAGUCAUUGAACUCAUAUUUCUCUUUCAGUCAAUUUGCUGAGAAAGUGUUUUUUUCUCUCUCUCUCUUCUCCGCUGCACAUCUUGUGAGCUCAAAGACUUGUAUACAAUUCAGCCAAUGGGAACUAGAAACAACAGAGGAGGUCAAGGGGUUUGUUUGAUAAGGGAAAUGAAAAAUAAUAAUAAAAAAAAAGAUUAUUGGUAUUGCACAUGUAUAAUAAGAGAACAUUUUGCUGUGUGUUAGGCAAUCUUGUAACCUUUAAAUAAAAGCUUCUGUUGAAUUUGAAUUUCUUGAACAAUAGAUGGAGGACUGUGACGGCAAUUUACAAACAGGUUUUUUGUUAUUGUUUUCCUUUUUUUAAUAAUAUGUAAAGUGCAGUCGUCUGUUUUCCUGCAUAUUGUAUAUAUCUGUAUAUGUUUUAUUGAGUAACUAAAUAACAAUAAAUAUGAUGUUAAAGGUGG